UCAUUCUUACCCACACCCCCUACCCUCUCUCCACUCCCCCAACUAUAAAUUCCCUUCUGUAGCAUGCUGCCCUUUUGUAAUCCACAUUUGUGUUUCAGAUCAUGUAGAAAGGACAGAAAGUGAGCAGGGAGCGGGGGCUUUUGUCUAUUGUUCUCCUUGUGCUACUUGAGAGAAACUGCAAUCCCAAGAUUUAACAGAACCUAAAAAUGCCUAUUACUAGAUGCACAUCGGACAAAAGCAGCUCUUGGUCUGGCAUGAGGAAACUCAGACCUGGUUGAUUAUUACCAAGCCUGAUACUGGAACUGGGAUUGGAGUCUCCUUUAUGGUUUAUCAGCCAGGUUCAAUGAUUUGGAUAAGCCAGAAGAUCUUUCCAACAAGCUGUGGGGAUGGGGGAUUUCCAAAGGGAAAUCUCCCCAUCUCCAAGGAAGUGAAUCGCAAGAAAAGUGAGGCGGAGGGGGCGCGCCUGGCUCCAGCGAGUGGCUAUGGACAACAUUUCACCAAAAUCAAUUACCUCUACUCUUUUUAAACAUAAUUUCUCCAUUCGUAUUACAUAUGAUGUAUGGGUUUGAUGAGGUCAUGGUGUCAUAUAUUGGAAAUUGUUUCUGUGUAAUCAUCAAGUGUAAGAAGAAACUAUGGGACUCUGAGCCUUGCUUUAGAGAAUAACAGCGGACAAACGUGUACCAUAAAAACUAGUUUUUAACAUUCUAACUCAAGCGAAAGCUCUCAGAAUUUCACACUGUGAAUCCAUGUUUACAAACAUUACAGGUGGGCCCUCAGGCCUGGUUCUACCACAGCAAUGUCUUUCACUACUCAAACUCCACAGCUCACACACAACCGGUAAACCACUCUCUCCAUUUCCACCAACCCAAACUGCUUCUUGCAGAGGCUGAGAGUCCCCCUUUUUUUUCAUUUAGAUGUAACAAGCCUAGUAGUUUAUUUUCAUCGAUUGUCUGUAUAUCUCUAUAUUUUAUCCAUGUACUCUUUUGAUGUAUAGAAGUAGUAUGAAACUCAUGGUUUCCUUGUGGUAAGUGAUCGUGAUGCUGCCACGGGAUUUGAGACACUGAUGAAUGGUGCUAUUUUGGACUUUAAAUAUGCUCCUUGGCAAGGUAGCUCUGAUGGAGUUAUUUUUUAUUUCCAUGUUCUGAGAGGGUGUUGGUACUUUGUUUUUCUGAAUGUUGUUCUUUAGACUGGACUGACUUGUUUACUUGUGUCUUCAGUGUGGCUUUCUUAUUCAGUGCUGUAGGUGAGUAACUACUUAUAGUGUACAAGUGAGGAACUGAUUCCCUAUCAGUGUCCACUCACAAACAUGCAGUUAUAGUGGGAGCAAUCACAAAACUGUAAUUUUCGUAAAAUCUCCCUUCUGACUCCUAUCCACCUUAUGGAGAAAGAUGAGCAAUAAUUUUCCACCAACUUCUCAAAAUCUCUUGAUUUUUGUCUUUUUUUCUUACAAGCCUUUUUUAAAGAAGGGACAAGUUUUAAUGUCCUCUUCAAAUCCAUAAACUAGGGGAUAUAGUAAGAAAAAUACAGCAAAUUUCUGGGAAGAGAAGUCCUAAAGGGGAAAGAGUACAUUUCCACAGUACUGUCAACAUGUGGAAUUUACAUUUUUGUUCUUGCUCCCAAACUACUAUAAAUACAAAAUAACACAAACCACAAAACUAAGCAGUAUCAUCUACUCAUGGAGUGUUGUUGUGUUAGACACAGUCUGAAAGCCCACCUUAAUUUUUUAUAUAAUUCUGUCUUUUAGCUAUUCCUUUUACAGGGCAGGCCUUGUUCUGAACUGUCUUAGCUUCUGACUGUUAAAUACCAAUGCAUGCACUGCACUUCUAGAUUUCUUUCCUUUCCCUACCUUCUGUACCCCUUUCCUUGUACUCUCACUUUAUUUUCCAAUAGAAUAGAUACGUCUGCUGUGCUGUAUAUAGAGCAAGAAGUAAUAUUCAGCAGUUGUGGCAUUUAUGUAUAGUUGCAGUUGUGUACUGCUGAAAAUGCUGGCUUUUGUAACAAUGUGAUCUUUAAUAAUGCAAGUACCCAAUGUAUUUUAGCUAUUUUAGUAGGAUUUGUUCAAUAAAUAUGCAAGCUCUAAGGGUA